UGUAGUGUCUUAACAGAACAGUAAGACAGCAUCCCCCCAUCUUGGCCAUGUCCAACUUCAGCUUGCGCUCUUCCUCCGGUUCCACAAGGCAGUCUUUCGGAACAGGAGGCUCUCGUAUGUCCAUGAUUGGUGGAGGAGGUGGAGGAGCGGUGAUGAGGUCUGGGAGCAUGUAUGGCGGGGUCGGUGGGGUGCGCAUCUCAGUCCCCAAGACCUUCACUGCCAUUGGUGGUACAGGCGGUGGUGCCUCCUUUGGCAUGGGUGGUGGCAGAGGUUACUUUUCCUCUGCCAACAUCGGCAUAUGCGGUAUGGAUGAUAGCGUCAUUGGCAACGAGAAGUUCACCAUGCAGAAUCUGAAUGACCGCCUGGCCACCUACCUGGUCAAGGUCCAUUCCCUGGAGAAGGCCAAUGCCGAGCUGGAGCUGAAGAUCAGACAGUUUGUGGAGACUAAGACCAGCCCCACCAACAGGGACUACACUGCCUUCUUCGUCACCAUCUCUGAUAUCACAGCAAAGAUCCAAGGUGCUGUCCAUGUGAAUGGGGCUGUCCAUCUCAGCAUCGACAACGCCAGGCUGGCUGCAGACGACUUCAGAACUAAGUAUGAGAAUGAGCUGACCAUGCGUCAGUCGGUGGAGGCGGACAUUGCUGGGCUGAAGAGGGUUUUGGACGAGUUGAGAAUGGCUAAGAGUGACCUGAUCAUGCAGAUUGAUGGUCUGAAAGAAGAGCUAGCAUUCCUCAAGAAGAACCACCAGGAGGAGUUGGUGGCCUUGCGUGCCCAGAUGAGUGGUCAGGUCCAUGUGGAGGUCGACGCUGCUCCUCAGGAGGACCUGAACAAAGUUAUGGCUGAGAUCAGGGAGCACUAUGAGGGCGUCACCGCCAAGAACCAGAGGGAGCUGGAGUCGUGGUUCCAGUCCAAGACCGAGGUGCUGAACAAGGAUGUGGUCACCCACACAGUCAGCCUGCAGUCAUCCAGGUCAGAGAUCACAGAGGUCAAACGCACGCUGCAAUCUCUGGAGAUAGAGCUGAACUCCAUGUUGGGCAUGAAAGCAUCUUUGGAGGCCAACUUGGCAGACACACAAAACCGUUACGGCAUGCAGCUGUCAGGCUACCAGAUGCAGGUAACCAGCAUGGAAGAGCAGCUACUGCAGCUCCGGGCUGACCUGGAGCGUCAGGGUCAGGAAUACAAAAUACUGCUGGACAUCAAGACCCGGCUGGAGAUGGAGAUCGCAGAGUACAGAAGACUGUUGGACGGAGAGGCUAGCAGCAGACUCUCUACUUCAUCAUCCACUACAACCAAGAGGGUGGUGAAGGUGAUAGAAGAGGUGGUUGAUGGGAGGGUGAUGUCCUCAUCCUCAUCCUACCUUACUCACUGAGAGAGAGGGUCAUGCGUCCACAGAAGAAAUCCCUUAAGAAAUAAGAAUAAAUCAGUGCUCAUGAUCAAGAUUCAUUCAUCUAUGCAACAUCUGUUUCCUAAUCUGACCUUCCAGAAACAAUAAAAUGAAAGUCU